CACUUACCAUCUCAGACUGUGCUUGACUCUUCAACAAACGCCUUUUUCGAAGCACAAGGCGUGACAAAGAGGUCACACUUGUCACUUCCUCACUUGGCUGCUGAUCAUCAUCAUUUCUUUGCUAAACCUGUUGAACAUCACUUCGAGCGGAUCAACAGUAAAAUCUCGGCCCGUGAUCUUUGAAGAACAAUGAGGAAGACGUUUGUGAGUGACGACUCCAUGAUCAUCAAUAUUUCCAUCAGGAAAGAUAGCGGAGGACGGGGCCACGUUAUGCCCCGAGAAUUUAAGUGUGUGUUCCGAGACUCUUUUAAGGUUUUUGCUUACAAUGGAUUCCCAAAACCUCUUGGGGCAGCACAAUGUCUUGCUGGAGUGACAUUUUUAAGUCUUGGUCUGAUAUUUCGUCCCACGCUACAGGCUGACAUUUUUAUCCUUUUACCAAGCAUUUCGUUUGUGCUUUGUGGGAUGUUGACCUAUGCGGCGGGAAGUGUUCCCAACAUGCGUGUGACCAAGCUGUCAUUCUGUCUGAACGUCAUCAGCUUUCUGGAGUCCACUGUGUUACUUUGUCUCUGUUUGCUCGACCUCACCUUGAAUUGGGGGGAUGCCGAGCACGAGUCCAAGCUGCAAAUGGGAAUCGGGGUGACAGCUUCUGUCCUGCUUUUGGUGGAAAGCUUAAUUGCCUUAUUUCUGAUCUACUGGGAGAGUAAAGCAGUGUGCAGGCAAUAUUUCAAUGCGCUGCCCAUUAUUCAGCUGAGACAGGAGGAGGACAAACAUGAUUCAACAAAACAACCCGACAAGAUCAACUGACUGCUUUUUAGUCAUUAUUAGCACAUCGAAUUUGCUUGCCUGGCAGCACCUCAGAAGUUUACAUCAUACAAUAUGCAAUAAAAUGUAGUUUUAA